GAAUCAGGUUUUUACCGUCAACAUCGGCAUGAAACACGGCAUGAAGAAUUUCUUUCGCAUACAGACUUUCAAAGGAGAGCGCCUCAUAUCGAGAUUCGAUUGGACAUCUGUUAGCGAUGAUUGUGCCAUCAACGUACAAGGAGCAUUUGACAAUUCACUAUUUCCGCCUUUCAUCACGAAGAACAGCUCCCUCAGUAUUAUGGCCUUCCAAUUAUGUAGCGUUAUUCCAUUUCAAUAUAAACGCGAGGAGAUACACCAUGGCCUCCAUGGCUAUCGUUAUGUGAUUAUGCCGCCCAAGGAGACGAAAUGUUUUUCCAAAGCGUACGGCGAGACGUUGCCCAAGGACAUGUUUGAUAUAUCAAAUUGUGUGCGCAUGCCUUGGCUUGAAGAAGUUCCAACUGCCUUCUCGGCACCACACUUUUAUGGCAGCAGCUAUAAUUGGUCGGAGCAUUUCGAGGGCCUCAAUCCCAAUGCUGAAGAGCAUGAAGCUUUCAUCUUGCUUGAACCCACGACUGGUGUAAAGAUCAAUGAGAGGAUUCGCUUUCAGUCGAACACCAUCUUGCCCGAUCUAAGAAGUAUGUAUAAUGGACCGCAAAGGCUCAGCAAUAAGAUUGUACCGAAUUUUUGGUAUGAGUUUGAGAUGGAUGAACUGCCAUUUAAUGUACGUUUCAUUAUUUUCAUCAAUGCCUACGCAAUGCCAGUGCUGCAGCCAAUCAUGAUGAUCGUGCAGCUGUUGGGCGCCAUUUGGAGUCUAAACAUGCUUUUAAGAAUUCAUCGGCAGAGAAGAUAUCUUCCGGAGAAUGCUUUUAAUACGAUAGAAACGAACUUAUUAUUACCUCCAAAAAAUUCCAAUCUCAUUGUUUCACAAAGUUGCUACGAGCAAUCGUUAUCGCCUCCAAUUUUUGUUAUUGAAUAAGAAUUUUCAUUUGUUACAUAAUUAUUAAUUUGAAGUUUAUGAAAUAUUUCAAAACAUUUCAAUCACUAUCGCUUACAUUACGUAACCAAAUACGCCCAUAUUUUAUCACAUAAACUGGUACGCGAUAACGAAAUUUCACGAAUUUUCCAAGAACUAAUUUGUUUAUGAAUAAGAGAAGUAUAAAGCAGUUUUUCAAUUAAUUGUCAUAUUUUAACUAAUCAAAACCGUCAAACGUAUCGUAUAAAUUGUGCGAAGACUGCUGGACAAAUAACAGAAUGGGAGUACUGCAUAUAAUUAUAUUAAUAGAGGUUAUAAAUAGUUCCAAAUAAAAACCUCACCACCAUAAACUAUGAGCUUUUAUAAUCAGUGCGAGGGUUUUUCUAGGAACAAUGGGGAAGAAAUAUUUGUAAACAUUAAUUGAUUAAAUUCCCAAAAGAACGAAUUGGAGAGGCAGUGUCGUGCAGGAUGUGAUGCUCCCGAAUCACUAAACCACAUUCUGCAGAAAUGUCAUCGUACGCAUGGGAGGCGGGUGGCUAGACACAACAGUGUAGCUAAUUAUCUCAAGCGGGGACUUGAGACGAGAGGUUACUCUGUCAUUGCUGAACCAAGUCUGCAGGGAGAGAACAGGAUAUAUAAGCCGGACCUGGUGGGUUUCCGACCAGAUCACACUAUAGUGAUCGACGCUCAGGUAGUGACUGACGGACUUGAUCUUGACCAAGAUCAUCAGAAUAAGGUUGAGAUCUACGACAGACAGGACGUACGAACGGCUCUGGUUCGGGAUUAUCAGGCACAUGAGGACAUUAAAAUCGUUUCUGCUACGCUAAAUUAUGAAGUUUUUAAUAAAUUAUGUAUCUUUCCUGGGUCAGA